GUAUCGAUUGAUUACUUAAAUUAUUCUUAAAAUUAAUAAUGUAUCAAUCAAGUCAGCUAAUGAGGCAAAAUUAGUGAGACUAAAUAUUUGAUAAGCCUUUAUUGAAAUUGUGAUAAAAUGGAUUUUUUCAAUCAAAUUUAUGAAAAGAAAUUGCAAGAAAAUGGUGAACUAAUUCGAUUUUGGGAGGACCAUAUAAAAGCGUUAAAUGACGUUCAAUUCAAGUUAUAUUCAGAUAAAUUAAAAGUCCCAGUAUUAGUACCAAUCGGCAGCAGAAUUCUAUUCCGUGGGGAAUUGAAGCAUACAAAUGAAGUGACAACAUCAUUGGGUAUGGGAUACUUUGCAAAAUGUUCCACAGAGCAGGCUGAGAUUUUAAGACAACACAGAAUUAAAGAUGCCAAAUCAAAAUUGGACAUUUUGAUGAAAGAGAAGGAAUAUCUAGAAGUUCAAAUAAAGUUAAAAAAUCAAACUGUAUUUGAUGACGGAUCCGAUAUAACUGAGUACCAAACUGAAGAAGAAGACAGACUGUGGAGAGAAAAACAUAAACAGAAUCUUAAAAUCUACCAUCAAAAUAAAAGUAAAAAGGAAAAAUCAAAUAAAGAUGAAAAGUCUGAUGAUGAGUUGUGGAAUAGACUUGAAGAAUUAGAACUUCAAGAGGAAUUACAAAAUGAACUAGCCAAAGAUACUGAAAAUGCCGAAGAUAUAAGAGAUUCAUUAACAAAUAAUAAAAAGAAAGAAGAUCUCAAUGAAAAUGUCGGAGAAAGCAAAUAUGAUAUUACAAAAGAAAUACUUGAAAAAGCAGUACCUGAUGCUACACAUAUCAAUCCCGAAAAUACAAGUAGCUUGGACCUUCUACAAAAUGUGUUAGAUAAGCAAAAAGAACUGGAGGAGAAAAUAUCGGAGAUUAAAAACCGGAAGAGAAAUGUGACCAAAACUGAAUCGGAUUUGAUGUCUCGGCUGGAUGAGUUGGAGCAAUUAGAGGAAGUGGAAGAUGAAAUGGACAGGUUAGAUGAUGUUCUUUAUGAACCUAAACAUGGAGAGGAAGAAGAAAAUAAAAACAAUGAAAAUGUGAAAAGGAGUGUUUCCUUUGCUGAUCAAGAUGAAAGUGAAACAUUGGAAAUAACUUUUAAACAUUCUGAUGUACCGGCAAAUGAAGAGUCAUAUGAUCCAAAAAAGGGGAUAUUAAAGCCAAGUGACAUUUAUGACGCAUUUUCUCAUCUGUUCACGGAAACAACAUCAAUAUUAAGGAAAACGAAAUAUAAAUCAGAAACAGAAGAACGGAGCAAUGAUCUUGAACAACAUAAGAAGAUAAAUUUCGAAUUUAAGAAGGAUAAUGCCACAAAUAUUUUAAUAGUAGUUGAUGAUGUUAAGGAAAAAGAAUCAUCGAGGCAAAGAAUAUUAGAUAGCAGACAUAAAAGACCUGUGAGUAUUUUCAAAAAACGACGGCAGCAUAAAUAUUAAAAUUGUGUAAUAUAAAAA